AUGUCGGAUAAAUCGGGAGGAUUCCUCUCAUCGGUCAGCCGAUUUUUCUCAGGUGGUAGUGCCAGCAAGAAAACUGCCACUUCCCCGAAUUCCCCUUCCAGCGGAGAUGGAUCUUCACCAGCAUCGCCGUCUACUGCUCCUCCAGCAACAUUUCUUAGAGAUAUCAUAGGCGUUGACAGCGAAUCUACUGAAGCUUCAAGUGAGCUCGAAAAACACCAUGAAGUUGCUGUUGAUACUACACAAAACGCUCGAAUUGGAUCACGCCUUCGUUAUCUAAGCCCUUCGGCUCUUGAUCGAAAUGUUGAUUCAUCGAAUGGAUUACAGAUUGAAGUGGACCCAGAGCAAGAUAUUUUUUUCAAUACACCAUCCAUUUCAACCAAUCGCAAGCGACAGUUAACCGAAUUGGAGCGACAAGAUCUUCCACAUUCAUUCCGAAGUGAUAGUGUGAAAAGAAGUCGGUAUCUGAAUCGUUCAUUGCUCGAGCCAACACUCAAAGGAACUUUGACAAAUGAUCGUCGCUUAGAUAUGUCGUGGUGUGGAGGCGUGACCGGAAAUCACUCUCCGGCUUCGAGUGUCACUAACUUCUCUCUUUUGAGUCGUCGCAGCGGGGCAACGACAAAUGGAUCGUUGAGUAGCCGAACACAAGAGAUAUUCAAGCGGUUAGAAAACGCCAAUACUCCAGCCAAAGAUGUUCAAAGAAUGACUAUGUUGCGUGCAGGUCUUUCUCGACCAGAAAGCUGGGGACCAAGCCAGAGCCAAGACCGAGACACAUCAUCUAUCGCCACACCACCACCGCCACUGAAAAAAGCCGGAGACGCGAUUCCAUCGCGAAUUCAGUUAAUAUCGAAGUCCUUGAGCACGUCAGCUCGACGAACUCCAUAUUGGACAGAUUUAACUCGCAAAAGGACUAUAUCUAGAAAUGGUGAUAAUGCAUCGGAAAGCAGCUCAUUAAAAAUGUUGAAUGGGACUCUAGCUUGUACAGAGCUGAGCUCGGUUUUCUCCCUAGAUCCACCAGCUCCCAAGAAGAUGGCGAGUUCAUCAUCUUCUAUUUCAACAGCGACGAUGAAUUCGACGAGUAGUAGGAUUUUGAAAGGCCCAGAUGGAAAACCCGUAAGCCGCAACACUUUCAAACUCACUGACGAUCUUGUGGAAGAAAAUGAUGACUCACAGAAACUUCCUCCGAUUCCAGAGAGUCUAACCAACGCGCAAACCCUGAAACUGGCUCCAGAAUCCGCUCCAAAGCGUGGGUUCCUCGAUAACCUUUCCUUUUCGUUUAGUGCACCGUUAGAUGUGGUAGCCGCUGUGGGAACUGCUAAAACCGCCAGCAUUGCUAGUUCUAUAAGAUCGUCAUCAGAAUCGAAGGAAGUCGACAGUGAUAGCGGAGAAUCAGUAGAUAAACCAACAUCAGAUGGUAGCUCGGAUGAGUCGGGAGAUUCUGAUGAUGAUGGAUUAGAUGAGGUGAAGGAGUCUCGCCCACAAACGUCUGCGGAUACUAUUACAAGUGCGGAAGGUUCAUCUAACCAAAGCUCGAAGGAUUCGUCACCAAAAACUGCGAAAGAUGUAGACCCGAUUGCUCCUUCUGUUGUUCCAACGCCAGUUGUUUCUUCUGGUGUUAAAUGGGUUUGCCAAGUGUGCUACUGUAGCUGGCCAGAAUCUGAUUCUAAGUGUGGAACAUGUGAAGCACCACGAGAGGGAAGCAGUUCUGCGGCUCCGGCUCAAAAGAAAUUGGUAUCGAACAUAAGUUCUUUUGCUCCACCUUCAUCUUCUGGUUUCAAGUUCGGAUUUGGAGGAUCCUCAUCGUCUGCUUCUACGGCGACAACUUCGUCUUUUACUCCGUUUGGAAGUGCAGCACCAUCAAAACCAACCGAAGCGAAAUCAACUCCCGCCGUGGUAGUAAUCACAACCACCCCAACCGUUCCAGUUGUAGCUCCACCAACUGCAGCUCCAAUCAUUCCACCAACUGCAGCUCCAACAAUUCCACCAACUGCAGCUCCAACAAUACCACCACCUUCAGGCGAUCGUGUUGAUUGGAUUUGCCCGACCUGUUGUGUUUCAAAUAAAGCUACAGACGAUAAGUGUAUCGCCUGUAGUCAUGUGAAAUACCCUUCUGCUACGUCGUCGAACGUCUUCGGAAACAGAGCGUUCAAGCCUUCUGCGGCAACUGGCGGCAUCCUUUUCGGAGUUGGUGGAGGAACUGUAACCACGUCAUCAACCACACAGCCAGUGUUUGGAUUCGGUGCCAAGCCUACUUCUCCAACAGUUCCAAAUCCAACGUUUUCUGCACCACCCGCCACAUCUCAAGCUGCAGCCCCUAGUCAAGGAUUCGGUAUUAGUACAGAAAAUCCAACUACAACAACAGAAAAAGCUCCAGAGUUUAAGCCAGCGGAAUCGACAGCUCCAAAACCGGAUUCGACUGCCGCCCCUAUUCCAACACCUCACACCUCCUCCUUGUUUGGAAACAAGAGUCUCUUCGUAACAGCGAAGGCUGCUGAGCCUGCAAAAGAAUCAACGUUAAGCAUUUUUGGGAAGAAGGAAGUAUCUACACCCUCCGUAACUCCUGCAACAUCGUCAACAUCAUCAACAUCAUCAGCCCCACCUGCUUCAUCUGCUCCACAGACGUCCUUAUUUGGAACUUCCACGACGUCAUUUGGAGGAGCCUCUUUAUUUGGUGCCUCGAAACCAGCCGUCGAGCCUUCGAAGCAACCUCCAACUUCGUUUGAAAAACCAUCGUCCAUUUCUUCUACAUCUAGUGAUGUGCCGAAAGCAAGUAUUUUUGGAGCUGUGCCAUCAUCGUCGACAGCGCCUCCUGUUUCUUCCACAACAUCUGGUUUGUUCGGUUCCGUACCUUCAUCGACUACAAGCUUGUUUGGUGCGGCAUCAAAUAACUCUGGCGGCCAAUCACUUUUCGGAGGAAAACCGAUCCAAUUCGCUUCAGAAGUCGGCACAACUACAACUGAUGGAGGAGCUCCAGCCAAACGUGGAUUGUUCAGUUCGGAUUCAUCGAAGCUUUCAUUCAGAAGUGAUCAGAAGGUUGAUCCUCCAAAGUUUGGUGGUUUCGGUGGUUCGACAACUUCGUCCGCUGCAUCAUCAUCUACUGGACCUUCCAUCUUCGGAACAAGUUCAGGUGGAUCAUUGUUUGGAGCAAGCAACAACAAUACCAAUACUUUCAAUGCACCAGGAAGUACUUCUGGAACUGCUCCUCCACCAGCGUUUGGUAGUAGCUCCUCUACUCCUUUCGGGGGGUCAUCGUCGUCUACUGGUUUCGGUGGUUUCAACAGCACACCAACUCAGCCCGGAAUGUCUACCAGCUCAUCGUCAACCUCAUUGUUUGGUCAACAUCCACCUGAUUCUACAAAUCCGUUUGGCGGAAGUUCUAAUACCAACGGUUCUUUCAACUUCGGGGGCAAUAAUCAAUCAUCUACCGGAGCUCAAGGUGUGUUCCAGUUCGGUGCUCCAACAUCUCAAGCUCCCCCUGCUGCACCUGGAGGUGCAUUCCAGUUCGGUGCCCCAACAGCUCAAGCUCCACCUGCAGCACCUGGAGGUGGAUUCCAGUUCGGGAACAAUUUGUCAGUGCCACAGCCGCCUGUUCCUGGAAGUAUGGAUAAUGCAUUUGCUUAUCAAGCUCCAAGUAAUGGUAGUCGGAAAAUGGCCAUGGCUCGCCGACGUAACAUUAGAAAGUAA